CGUCCAGUCACAUUAACAUUUCUGCUACACAUGCCCUAAAAAAUUCACACUCUUCUCCAAGUCUUCACCUCAUCCAGAAUACCACAAACUUCUUCCCUCUGCCAAAAAUGGGUUCAAAUCCACUCCCAGCAAACUUUGGAGCCAAUUUGGCCAAGCAAAUCCGUGACUCUCUCCGAGUCGGGGGCAUCGGUGGCGGACAACCUCGAGGUGGUCGACCUGCAGGUCAAUCUAAUGGUCAGGCUGCCCCUCCACCGAAUUCCACUUCUAGACGACUCUCAUCUGGCACUGGGACCGAAGGGGGUCAUCAUUUUGAACAGUGCACGGGAGACAUCACCCUCACCACGCAGGUCGUCGGCAAGAAGGCACUGACUCCCGAGGAGGCGGCGAAAGCUAGGCGUGGCGCGGCCCAACUUGCACGAUACGAAACGGAAGAAACUCGUGACAUGACGGAUGAACAGUUACAGCGUCUCAUAUUGUUGGAGAAGUUGAGAAAAUUGAGGGGACUUGGACCGCGGGGCGUUAACGUGGAGGUAGCUCCCGAACAGGUUCGUCGUCCAGAAAUGAUUCCUCAAAUGCCAGUAGCCCCCAACGUUCCACAGGGCGCUGGACACCCUGGCGUGGAUUCCGAUACAGAAGACAUGCUCGGCAGUGACAUUUCCGACCUUGACGACGACAGCGAUGCUUAAUUAAUAUUCUAAUUUGAUGUGAGUGAUUGCAUGUGAAUUUAUAAAUUUUAAAUGGUUUCGCAUUAAUUUCAUGAUUCAAAAUUUUGACCAAAUUGCUGGAUUUGGAUAAAAAAUUACUACGUGCUGGAUUAGUUACAGCAAUUUUGUGGAUAUAAAUGUUAACGAAUACAAUUUUUGAAUGUGAAUUUGACCUUAUCUCCAUUUUUAUUUGACCAUGUUUGACCAUAUAUAUUACUAAGGUGGUUAAAAAGAAAUAAAUCCUGAAUAUACCAAGGUAACAAUUUUGGAAAUAAAUUUAUGACAUAAUACACGAAUAAAUUCAUAAUUUAAAUCUA